UCACCAUUCUCUACACAAAAACUCUCUCUAACUUUGGGCUUCUCUCGGAAUUUUGGCUAGUUUUUGAAGAAAAUGGAGGAUUAUGUCAACAAUCCCGCAAAUAUGCAUGAUUUUAGUUUAAUGAAUACGAAAGCCUUUGCGAACCUAAAAGGCUCUGGCGGUAACAUAUGGGAAGUCUUUGAAGUUUUAGAUGAUGCCCGACGUGCUAUUUUCAGAAAUACCGUCUUUGGCUAUUUUAUUGAUGUCCCUCGUUUACAAGGGGACGCUUUAUUGUUUCAUAAAAUGUUCCUUCAUCAGAUCCGGUCGGACCCUGUUUUAUCUCCAGAUGGAAUAAAACGUUUAUAUUUUCGAGUAGGCAAUACCAAAAUGGUUUAUGGGCCGGAAGAGUUUUGUUUGAUUACCGGCUUCAAUUUUGGGGAGUAUCCAAAAAACAUUGGGAGAAAAGGGUCGGAAAAAUUAAUAAGCAGUAAAAAAAGAUGUUUACUGCGUGAACGGCUAUUUCCGGACCAUACUAAUAGUUCGGUGAAAAUCGGCGACCUGAAAAGUUUAAUUUUAAAUCAAACAUUCCUAGCACUUGACGACCUUGAUGCAGUUAGAGUAUGUUUGAUAUACAUUUUGUGUGAAGGUUUUUUGGGCAAAGAAGUUAACGAUCCGGUGCCACAAGAUUGGUUUUUUUUUGCUGAGAAUUUGGAUCUCUGGAAUAGGUAUAUUUUCUUUACGUUAAAAGUUCUAUUUUAUUAAAGUUAUAAUUUAUAUAAUAAUGAAUUUUGUUUUUUUUUUGUUUUGUUAGCUUCGCUUGGGGUAGCUAUCUAUGGGAUUUUACUUAUGUUGACCUUGAGGAUACGUGGAGUAAGAUACAUCAUUAUUUAUCACUUCCUCAGCGUGGUCAAACUUUAAAGUAUUCCGUCUCAGGAUUUACGGCUCCAAUUAGGGUAUAAAAAUUUUCUUAUAUUUAUAUUGUUUUAUUGUUAUCUUUUUUAUUUUAAUUUUAACUUUUAUUACUGUUAUUGUACAAAAUUGUAGAUAUGGAUAUAUGAGAUGAUUCCGGCUGUUCGUGCAUGUGGAUUUGCAUUGAGAAAAAAUAAAGACUUGCCUCGGAUGAAAAGAUGGAGCGGAACAAAAAAAUUGAAAUGGGUUGACGUGAACAAGAUUUGGUCAAAGAUGCAGGUUUAAAAAUAUUUCGUUUAUUAUUAAUAAAGUUGAUUAUUAUAGUUUUAUAUGCAUUUUUAAUAUGUUUAAUUUUUUAGGAGGGGCUACCACCAAGACAAAACAUGUUACCGGGUGAUGGUGAGAUGACAUCUUUUUAU